AUGUCUUCUGAUCAAAUUAAACAAUGGCUGGAAUUUGCCGACGUCGUUCUAAAUGAUAAUACAAGUGCAACUAAUCGUUAUGAGAUGGCAUUGUCACUUUUUUUGGUGCAAAUUAAAGAAGCAACACGAGGAUCUGCUCUACAAGUUAUUUUUACUGAUGCUGACCCUGCUUUAAUUGCUGCAAUACAUGAUGAAUUUCUAACUACAAAUGCUCUUAAUUGCAUGUUUCAUAUUGCACAAAAUAUUCCUCUCAAUUUAAAAAAUUAUCUUAAGGACAAUUACGAUGAGUUUAUAAGAGAUUUCUUUGAAGUACAACAGAUUAACUUCGUCAUAAUCUUUGAAUAUCGCCGUAUUCUUUCCAUUGCCUGUUUAUUACCAAAUUCGCCUAUUUAUCAAUCUAAAAAACUUGAAUUUACUAUGUCGUCUUACUCAUCUGAAUAUUCGUUUGUAUUAUCUUCAUUUGAAGAUACUCAAAUUUCUAUUAGAAAAAAACAGCCAAAAAAAAGACGGAUCAGUGAAUAUCUUGAAGAAUUUAGUACUCUUGAAACUUUUAAAUUCUGUGAUAAAU